AUGCAGAAAGGGUCCGGGAGGAAGACGCACGAGCAGGAGCUAAUGCAGAACGGAGAGGCCAUGAGCCCACAAACGCAGGAAUCCAAAAGCUCCGCAGGAGAAGAGGAGAACCGUGUGACUCCUUCAGCUCCACCGUUACCUCCAUCACCUCCUCCUCCGCCAGGGCCUCCACCAUGUCCCAGACCCAGACUGGUGUUCCACACCCAGCUGGCUCAUGGAAGCCCAACGGGCCGCAUUCAUGGCUUCACCAACGUGAAGGAACUCUACGGCAAGAUCGCAGAGGUCUUCAACAUCUCUCCCUCUGAGAUCCUCUUCUGCACCCUGAACUCACACAAAGUGGACAUGCAGAAGCUGCUGGGCGGUCAGAUCGGCCUGGAGGACUUCAUCUUCGCUCACGUCAGAGGGGAGACUAAAGAAGUGGAGGUCACUAAAACGGAGGACGCCCUCGGCCUGACUAUCACAGAUAAUGGUGCAGGAUAUGCUUUCAUUAAGAGAAUAAAGGAGGGCAGCACUAUAGACCGUCUGAAAACAGUCUGUGUGGGUGACCAUAUCGAGGCCAUUAAUGACCAGAGCAUAGUCGGAUGUCGCCACUAUGAAGUUGCCAAGAUGCUGAAGGAGCAGUCCAGAGGAGAACCCUUCACACUGAGGCUGGUGGGACCCAAAAAGGCCUUUGACAUGAUCGGCCAGAGGACGAAGGCGCCCAAGUCCAGCGAGGGCAAAAUGGUCAGUGGGAAGGAGACGCUGCGUCUGCGUUCGAAAGGGACAGCGACCGUUCAGGAAGUGCCCAGCGAGUUUGAGGAGAAGGCCAUAAAGAAGGUUGAUGAUCUCCUGGAGAGCUACAUGGGCAUACGGGAUCCAGAACUUGCAACCACCAUCGUGGAGGCCGGCAAAGACAAGAAAAACCCUGACGAUUUCGCCGAGGCUCUUGACUCUGUCCUGGGGGAUUUUGCCUUCCCUGACGUCUUUCUGUUUGAUGUUUGGGGAGCUCUGGGGGAUGUAAAAAAUGGAAGAGUUUAGGAGCAAAGAGUGAUUUUUCAACCAGGCUCACCUUUUUUUAAACUCACUUCAGCUUUAGAUCUGGCUGCUCUUUUCAAACAUCUUUAGUGAAUAGAAGUAAUGGGUGACCUUGAAUCUCGUUCCUUUCUGGCAAGUUUAAAUGCACCUUGCUGGUGACAGAAGAGAUUUACAGAGGACACUUUGAUUUCACAUACCGUAUUUUUAUUAGAAAAUGGUCAUUUGUGGAUAUCACAACACUGCAGUGGUUGCUUGGACACUUUUCUGGCCAGAGGACUUGUAAUAAGAAAGGCAUAGCAUUAGGAAUCUGGUCUUAUCUACAGUUCAGCCGUAGAGAAAAGCCCAAUAUUAACCAGAAAUAAGAUAAGACAUUUAUAGUGAUCCCACCAGGCAGAUUUGAAUUUCAAGAACUAAACGACAUUCACCAGAUGUUCUGUUUAUGACACAAAUUAUGACCACUGUGCACAUCCGACCCCAAAAAGUACUGCUUCUGCAAGCCAGAUGGACCAAUGCCUGCUUCUUAAAUCAAGAGCACUUGCAUAGAAAGAUCCCAACUGGCAGAGGUUAUUAGUCUAAGACUUCUAAGUCAUAACUUCCCAUAGAAUAUGAUGGCCUCUCCAGCUAUUGCAGCUAUUUUUAUUCACAUUUUUCUUGGGGGAAUGUUGAACGACUGCCAGGGAAAACACCACAGGUCAAGUCAGUGUACAUAAUGAUCACCCCAUUGUGUGGAUAAGUGCGUCUUCAGUUUAGUGGGAAAAGGGUCGCAAUACUGCAUAUCGCUACUGUUGGAAGAAAACUUUGUAUCUCCAAAAUGGUAAUUUUACAGGAUAAGGAAAAAACCUACUUUACUUUUAAUGUAAGUCAAUGGAACCAGAC